AUGUUUGCCCCGAUGAUCAUGGCAAUAGAACAUUCCAGCAUAGCCAUAAACUCUGACGUCAUCAAAACGAAAUUGCUUGAUAUGAGUUCUGAGGUCGGUGACCAUGACUCGGAAGUUGCAUUAUUGUCGCUGCAUAAAAGUAACUUUGGUCAAAAUUUGAAUAGAAAAGGCGCGAAACAAACAUCUAAUCAUACGUCAAAUGUCAAGAAGAAACUUUCACAUAUCUUUCGCGAAGUUCUUUCCCCUAUUGAUGGCAUAUCAGACCUUAUUGAAGUCAACUCAGAAUCUGAUGGUUUUAUUUCGCCGGCUCCAUUGAUAGCAGCAAGUGUAUUGCCACGCGAUAAUAAUACAUCACCACCAAAUGGAUCAACAAGUGAUAUUUUAGAUAUGUCUCAUAAUGUUAUUGAACCAUUACUACCUGAGAUGGAAUGCUCUGCGCAAUUGCAAACUACGAAUGAUAAUGAUGAUUUACAGACUACUGAUAGUUUGAUGAUAAUGACUCCAUCAAUCCUACAAAAAAUAGAUUUUAUAGCCAAGCCGACUUUUUUAUACAUUAAUAAGGAUUACGAUCUAAGAAGUAUUUCCGAUUCAGAUGGUGUUUUACAUAGUAUUGAAACACAAAAUAUAUCACAGGAUGUUGUAACUACAGAAUCGGAGGAAAGACCCGAUACUCCCAUUGAACAGCUUACGAAAAAGAGAAAAAUAGAUCCUAAAUUUUAUAGUUAA